AAUCUGUAAUUAUCAGGUGACUUGACAACUGUCUUCUCCGGUCGAUUCAUCUUAACCUCUAAAAAGUCCAUUUCUUGCAAAUCAUUUUAGUAUUCGACUAUUUCUUGUGAAGAUGAGCAACGAAGUCGAUAAAACCCAUCAUAUCCUACCUCAAGAUCAACCUAUCGUUUACUUGGAUGCCGGUACUGCUUUUAAAGGAUUAACCGAAAAAGAAAAACUUUACGCCUAUUUCUUAAGCAAAGCUUCGUGGACCGGAGGUUUGAUAACUUUACUACAAACUAGCCCCGAAUCAGGACCAAUAUUUGUUAUAUUACAUAAAUUAUUUCAAUCUGAAAGUGUGUCAGAAUUUUAUACGGCUGCUUUAAAAUGUGGGUUUUCCGAAGAGGAAAUUAAUGCACUCUAUGUUUAUGCUUGUGGCAUUUUUAGUAAUGCAGGAAAUUACAAGGGAUUUGGUGAUUCAAAAUUUAUCCCAGGAAUUGAUAUGGAUCGUAUGGAAGAACUACUUCAAUUAUCAUUAGGGUGGGAAACCUUUGAAUCUUUAUGGCAUAAAUACAAAAAAGCAAUUUAUGAUUUAUCACCUGGAAAAACUUGUUUAGGUUAUCCACCGCAUGGUUGUACCACUUAUUUCUCAUCAAAUUUCACUGCUGCUGAUAAUGAUAUAGUACAAGAUAGGUUCAAGAAACAAUUAGAACUGUAUAAUACUCGUUGUUUUAAAACUGAAAAAAAGGGAAGAACUGUAUAUGAAAUACGCUUAGCUAGUGAAGAAAGAGGAGAGGUAACAGUUGAAAGUACUGAUAAUAUCGAUUUCCGAACAACCCGUGGAGAUUACUCCCCUUUAAUGGGGGAAGUUGCAAAUUAUUUAGAACAAGCAAUACCUUAUGCUGCUAAUGAAACUGAACAAAAUAUGCUCAAAGCGUAUGUUGAGUCAUUUAGAAAGGGAUCUUUAGAUGACCACAAAACUGGAUCUAGGUUUUGGAUUAAAGACAAAUUACCUACAAUAGAGUCCUAUAUAGGUUUUAUUGAAACGUACAGAGAUCCUGCUGGGGUUAGAGGGGAAUUUGAAGGAUUUGUUGCUGCUGUUAAUAAGGAAAUGUCAAAGAAAUUUGCUACUUUGGUUGAUAAUGCUGAAAAUUUGCUCACAUUACUUCCUUGGCCUAAAGGUUUUGAAAAGGAUAAGUUUUUGCGACCUGAUUUUACAUCUUUAGAUGUUCUUACAUUUGCUGGUAGUGGAAUUCCUGCGGGUAUUAACAUUCCAAAUUAUGAUGACAUUCGUCAAACCGAAGGUUUCAAGAACGUUUCAUUGGGUAACGUAAUUCCAGCAAGUUAUCAACAAUCAAACACUCCUUUUUUGAGUGAUUCUGAUAAAGAUCUCUUACAAAAAUAUAGAGUAACUGCAUUUGAAGUGCAAGUAGGUCUUCAUGAAUUACUUGGACACGGAUCUGGUAAGUUACUUCAAAAACAAGCUGAUGGAACCGUAAAUUAUCCUGACACAUUAAUCGAUCCGUUAACGGGAAAACCUCCUACUUCUUGGUAUGGACCAGGUGACACAUACGAUAGUCGUUUUGGUCCACUUAGUUCUGCUUACGAAGAAUGUCGAGCAGAAGCCGUUGGUUUAUAUUUAAGUUUAGAACCAACGGUAUUAUCUAUUUUUGGUCAUAAGGAUUCUGAUGCUGAAGAUGUUCUUUAUGUAAAUUGGUUGUCGCUUGCAUGGACGGGGAUUUGUUCUUUGGAAAUGUGGGAUUCAAAACGUGGUUGGUUACAAGCUCAUUCCAGAGCGAGAUUUGCUUUGGUUAGAGUUUUAAUUGAAGCAGGUGUAGCAACCGUAACUCAACCAAAUCCCAAGGAUUUACUGCUUACGUUAGAUCGUGAAAGUUUGAAAACUGCCGGAAAGAAAGCGAUCGGAGAUUUUUUGCUGAAACUACAAAUUUACAAAUCAACAAGCGAUAUAAAAGCUGCCAAUAAUCUUUUUGAUACAUACACAAACGUUGUUGAACCUUGGAUUGAUUGGAGAGAAAUUGUUUUAGCAAAUAAGAGACCGCGAAAAAUGUUUGCUCAGCCAAAUAUCAUUAGAGAUGGUGAAAAUACAAUUUUGCAUGGUUAUGAACCGAACACGGAAGGAUUGAUUCAAUCCUGGGUGGAGCGUUUUGAUAAUUGCGAUUUUAUUUAUGAUGCUCUUAUUAGUUUAACCAAUAAAGACGAGCAUCAUUUUGUGAAUAGUGCUGAAGGGGAUAAAAAGAAAAGUGCUUAAAAUUAUUUUUUAUAUAUUAUUUGUUUCAUGUUUUUAUAUAA